AUGCCAUCACCACCGAAAUUCGUCUCAAUUAUCAAACCAUCAACAUUCCGAACAUUACAAAAAGCUACAGCCACCACCACCACCACCACUACUACUACUGCCAAAUCCAGGACAAUCCCCAUUGACGCCACUUGGUUUAUGCCCAAUAACCCCCGCAAUGCUCAUGCCGAAUUCCAACAAGAUCCAAACAUGCGUUCAUGGGGGGCCAAAUUUUUCGAUGUUGAUAAAUGGUGCAAGGACUCACCUUACCCGCACAUGUUACCAACGCAACUGAUUAUGAAUGAUGCUUUCCAAGAAUUGGGAAUUCACGAACUGGAUAAUUUGGUGGUGUUUGAUCGUGUAGGUAAUUUCUCUAGUCCUCGGGUUGCAUUCACUUUGAAAUUGGCCGGGCAUGGUAAAGUUUAUUUGUUGGAUAAUUAUCCAAACUAUUUGAAAUUUGAUUUCCCAAAGGAGGAGAUAAACGCAGAUGCAGAUGCAAAGUUAAAGGUGGAAGCACUGGGGGAGGAAUCCAAUGUGGCCACUGGUAGAGAUGCUAGCUCUGUUGAAUUUGUAGGUGGAGAAGUCAAUGAAGUCCACCUGCCCCAUCUGUAUGAAGAAAUCUACGAUCGGGAAGUGAUUGAAUACGAAGAAUUGAUAAGUAUUCUCGAAAACAAUGAUAUAAAAAACUACUUGAUCCUAGACGCUAGAUCUCACGAUCGGUUCACUGGCGAAGCACCAGAACCACGCCCCGGUUUAAGUUCAGGACACAUCCCCACUUCCAAGAACUUGCCAUUUACAAAAUUGCUCAAUGCAGAAACCGAUAAUGAGUUCAAGACAAGGUCUCAAAUUGAAUCAAUUUUGACUCAGGAUUUGAACAUUGAUUUGAGUAAACUAGGACACGAUGACGGCUAUUACCCAAAGGGAAUUAUCGUCAUGUGUGGAACUGGUGUUACUGCAUGUAUAUUGAAAUUAGCUUUGGAAAAUAUUGUUAAAGUUGGUGUACUUGUCAAGUUGUACGAUGGAUCAUGGACUGAAUGGGCAAUGAGGGCGCCUGAUAAGUAUAUAGUCAAAGAUGUGUAA